AUGCCUCCUCUACAGUUCUGGAAACCGGGUACAGCAGCUCCAGGAAGUUCGCUAGAUAGAGAUACCGAAUCGGAAGGAUCACUUCUCCCUUCCAUAUCUUCCUCUCGAAACGAACACCUAUCUCUAGAAUCUCAGAGAAAGAGAUUACCGAUCUACAGGCAUCGUGAAAAGCUUUUAUGGUGCGUGGAGAAAUACCAGGUUGUCAUUGUUGUAGGACAGACAGGUUGCGGUAAAUCUACUCAGAUACCGCAAUACCUCCACGAAUCAGGUUGGACAUCCCAGAAUCACGUUGUAGCUUGUACCCAACCUCGACGUGUGGCCGCUACGUCUGUUGCCACUAGGGUAGCAGAGGAAGUAGGAUCGGUCCUGGGUGACGAGGUUGGAUAUAGUAUACGAUUUGAGGAUCUCUCAUCACCUACUAGGACUCGUAUAAAGUACUUGACGGAUGGUAUGCUGUUCAGAGAGACUAUGUUAGAUCCAUUGCUGAGUAAAUACAGCGUCAUAAUGAUCGAUGAAGCUCAUGAGCGAGGGGCUUAUACGGACUUGCUAUUGGGUUUACUGAAAAAGAUCAUGAGGAAAAGACCUGAGUUGAGAGUGAUCAUUUCUUCAGCGACCAUCGAUGCAGAGGACUUUUUAGAAUACUUCAAUACCAAUGCGGAUGGAACGGAUCGCUCGAAAGAUGAUGCUAUAAUCGUCAGCUUGGAAGGAAGGAUGUUCCCCGUCGAAGUAUGUUACUUAAAGGAGCCAUGUUCAGACUACGCAGAAGCUGCUGUACAGACUGUAUUCGAUAUACAUAUGAAGGAACCGGCAGGUGAUAUACUAGUCUUCUUGACAGGGCGAGAAGAGAUAGAUCAGGUCAUACAAGAAGUAUCCGAUCGAAUACAGACAUUACCUAAAUCCGCACCGCAGAUCCUUGCAUUACCCUUAUACGCCACUUUACCACCAGAAGAACAAGCACUGAUAUUCGAUGCGCCACCUCGAGAUACGAGAAAAGUAAUAUUCUCCACCAAUAUAGCAGAAGCGAGUGUUACGAUUGACGGUAUAAAGUACGUGGUGGACUCGGGAUUCGUCAAGUUGAAAACCUUCAAUCCUAAAACAUCCAUGGACGUAUUAUCGAUCGUACCAUGUUCCCUCGCCUCAGCGAACCAGAGAGCUGGUCGAGCAGGUCGUACAUCCCCUGGAAAAUGUUUCAGACUCUAUCCGUCUUCUGUACUUCCCUCACCUUCCAAUCCACAUUCACCAAUGUCCAUAACGACUCCACCAGAACUUACCCGAUCAGACAUAUCCUUAUAUCUCUUACAGCUCAAAGCGCUAGGUAUAGACAAUCUGGUAAAAUUCGAUUUCAUGUCUCCGCCACCGUCAAAGAUGAUGAUUCGCUCGCUGGAGUUUUUGUAUUGCCUGAAAGCUUUGGAUGAUGAAGGGCGGUUAACGAGACCUAUGGGAGAGAGAAUGGCAGAAGUCCCUUUAGAUCCUAUGAUGGCUGCGAUAUUGCUAAAUUCACACGAGUUCAGAUGUGGAGAAGAGGUUUUGACGAUCGCCGCUAUGACUUCGGUACAGAAUGUAUUCAACAUGUCUGAUGGCGGUACGAAAGGUAUGAUGUCCGAGAUGGAACGAAGAAAAUUUACGGCGGAAGAAGGGGAUCAUCUCACUUUGCUCAAUGCUUACAACGCAUUCAUCCGAUUCGGUCAGAACAACAAAUCAUGGUGCGGGAACCAUCGACUAAACCAUAAAGCGUUAUCUAGGGCUGUAGCCAUUCGAAAACAAUUGAAGAAGUAUCUGGAUAGAUUUGGUAUUCCCAUAGUCAGCUGUGAAGGUGAUGCGAAGAGAUUGAGAAAGUGUCUUGUAACGGGAUACUUCAAGAACGCUGCUAGGAUGAUGCCCGAUGGGACAUAUAGAAGUGCAAGGGAAGGAGCUACCCUCCACGUACAUCCCUCUUCGGUCAUGUUUACCCGUCAACCUUCGACAGGAUGGGUGAUUUACCAUGAAGUCGUGGAGACUACUAAGAGCUUCAUGCGAGAUCUGACGGUGAUUGAAGAGGAUUGGUUGGUGGAAUUAGCACCUCAUUUCUACGAGUUCAAAGGAGGUGGAAUGAAGAAGCAUUUCUAG